GCCCGCGGAGCCGGGCGCGGUGAGGGCAGGGCAGGGCGGGGCGGUCCCCGCCCGCCUCCCAGCCGACGGCUCCGCCCCGGAGACCCCUAAUCGGGCCCGGCGUGCCACCCCGGCCUGCGCCGGCCAGGUACUGCCGGGCGUCGGAGCAACUCUAGGCUGCGCCGCCGCCUCCUUCCUCACCCGGCCUGGGGCCUCAGGAAGUCUCCCGCGAAAGCGAAAGCGAAUCUCUCGGGUUGUGUGUUUCCGGGGCAUUCUGACGCUUCAGAAGGAAAGCGGCCAUGUCCUUGGACGACAUUAAGAUGAGCCCCAAGGACUUCCUGGAGCAGGCUGACCUGGACAGUGGGGGCUUCGGGAAGGUGUGUCUGUGUUUACACAGAUCCCACGGGCUGGUGAUCCUGAAGAAGGUGUACACGGGCCCCAAGCGCACCGAGUACAACGAGGCCCUCCUGGAGGAGGGCCGGAUGAUGCACCGGCUGCGGCACUGCCGCGUGGUCAAGCUGCUGGGCGUCAUCAUGGAGGAGGGCAGCUACUCGCUGGUGAUGGAGUACAUGGAGCAGGGCGACCUCAUGCGCGUGCUCAAGGCCCAGGUCAGCAUCCCCCUGUCCGUGAAAGGGAGGGUCAUUAUGGAGACCAUCGAAGGGAUGCGCUACCUGCAUGGAGAAGGGGUGAUACACAAGGACCUCAAGCCAGAAAACAUCCUCGUUGACAGUGACUUCCACAUCAAGAUAGCUGACCUCGGCGUCGCUUCCUUCAAGACGUGGAGCAAGCUGACGAAGGAGGAGCACAACGAGCAGAGGAAGGCGGGCGGCAGCGCCGGGAAGAGCGGUGGCACGCUGCACUACAUGGCCCCCGAGCACCUGAACGACGUCAACUCCAGGCCCUCUGAGAAGUCCGACGUGUUCAGCUUUGCCAUCGUGCUCUGGGCGAUCUUCGCCAACAAGGAGCCUUACGAGAACGCCAUCUGUGAGCAGCAGCUGAUACUGUGCAUCAAGUCUGGGAACAGGCCGGACGUGGAGGACAUCAUUGAGUUCUGCCCGCGGGAGGUCAUCGACCUCAUGAGGCAGUGCUGGGAGGUGAACCCGGACGACCGGCCCACGUUCGCGGGCAUUGAAGAAAAAUUUAGGCCUUUUUAUUCAAAUCAAUUGGAAAAUUAUGUAGAAGACGAUGUGAAGAGUUUAAAGAAAGAGUUUCCAAGCCAAAAUGAAAUUGUAAAGAGAAUGAAGUCUCUCCAAAUUGACUGUGUGGCAAUAGCUCCAAGCAGGUCAAAUUCAGCCACAGAACAGCCCAGUUCACUGCACAGCUCACAGGGCUUCGGGAUGGGUCCCGUGGAGGAGUCCUGGUUUGCUCCCGCCCCAGAUCACCAGCCGGAGGAGAAUGACUUCCUGCUAAACAGUAAACUCCAGGAGGAGGCCAACUACCACCUGUAUGGCAGCCGCAUGGACAGGCGUACAAAAGAGCAGCCCAGACCGAACAUGACUCACAGCAGUGAGGAGGAAAGGAGGCGCAGGGUCUCCCACGACCCUUUUGCACAGCAGAGACCUUAUGAGAAUGCUCAGAGCCCAGGGAUAAAAGGCUUCGCUUACCCUGGUGUGAUGAGUCACACCAGUGCAGCCCAGCAGCCAGCAGGGCUAAGCAGCCAACCCCAGUCACCAUACUGGAGAGAUGCAUCAUUUCCUCUACCUGGGCUUGGAGUGAGACCGCUGGACCUGGGGACCACGAGUUCACGAGUUUGGUAUGCGCCAAACCCAGGCCACAUGCCAAGCCUAUAUAAAACUCCGGUGCCUGAGACCAACCUCCUGGGGAACACACCCACCAUUCCAUUCACCUCUGUGCCAUCAAGAGAUGAGUCUGCGAAAUAUACCAUACACAACAGUUCUGGCAUUCAGAUUGGCGACAGCAAUUACAUGGAGAUUGGUGGAAUGAGUUCAUCAGUACUCGACAGCAUGUACAUGAACUUGAAAGAAGAGCCGGCUUCUAAGUACCAAGCCAUCUUCGAUACUACUACUAGUCUGACUGACAAACACCUGGACCCGGUCAGGGAGAAUCUGGGGAGACACUGGAAAAACUGCGCCCGUAAGCUGGGCUUCUCUGAAUCUCAGAUCGAUGAAAUUGACCACGACUACGAGCGAGAUGGACUGAAAGAAAAGGUUUACCAGAUGCUCCAAAAGUGGCUGAUGCGGGAAGGCAGCAAGGGGGCCACCGUGGGGAAGCUGGCCUUCGCGCUCUACCUGUGCUCGCGGAUAGACCUGGUCAACUGCUUGAUCCGUAUCAGCCAGAACUAAGCCCACAGGCGCUCCUGCGGCAGGGGCCACCUCCUCCCCUGGCGAGAGCCUGCUGCCUGCGGAGACUCGGACUUCUCUUCUCCCGGAUACAGGGGGUGCUGUGUCUGCGUCAAAGUCACUUCCUGCCUUUCACAGCUGGAGGAUGGAAAAGGGAAUCGCCAGCAAACCACCCACUGUGCAGGACGCAGGACCACCUAUUUGUGGCCAAGGCCCAACCCAAGAAGCCUAACUGGGCUUCGAAAAGGAGAGAAGAGAGAGUUGAGAAAGAUCAUUUUUUUCUUUCAUAUUAUCCCAUAAUCUUCAUGCUAUUCAUUCUGGUUUCUGGGAGUUUUGUUUGAGCAAGGAAAAAGAAAAAUUUGGAGACUAUAACCUAAAUCAGCUUUCUAAUUUUACACUGUCUUCUCCACAUAAGCGUCUGUUAUAACCAAAGUGAAAAAUAAAAGUUCUCAUCCAGUCGGAUAGCGGAAAACUGGAGGGGGAGAUGGUCCCCAGCUGCAGGAGGGGGUAGGGUGAUUCCUUUCCCAGAUGCAUCCCUUGUGACCACUGUUCUCUAAAUUCCAAACAGGUUAACUAAUCAGUGUCAGAGACAAAAA